GAAGGCGUAAACAAAGAACACGUGUCCGAUGAGCUUGACAUGCAACGAGGCCCAGCCCAUCGGCUAGAGCUGUCGAUGGGCUUCGGGGCCCAGACCAACACGGUAUAGUUUCUCUGCCCUCAGAACCCUCGCCGCCGCCCGUCGGAGCUCCGGUGUGUCAGUUCGCCGUCGAAGGAUAUGGACUAUGACAGGUUGAAUUCGCCGAACACGUCGGCUAUUUCGCUGGAGGUGAUGGGCCACCGGCUACAUAUUUCACAGGAUCCAAACUCCAAGCACCUUGGGACCACGGUCUGGGAUGCAUCAAUGGUGUUUGUCAAGUUCUUGGAAAAGAAUAGCAGAAAAGGUCGGUUUUGUCCAUCCAAGCUAAAAGGAAAGAGAGUGAUUGAAUUAGGAGCUGGCUGUGGCCUGGCUGGGUUCGGAAUGACCUUGUUGGGUUGUGAUGUUACAACAACUGACCAAGUCGAGGUGCUUCCGCUGCUUAUGAGAAAUGUUGAACGCAACAGAUCUUGGAUUUCGCAAUCGAAUUCCGACACAGAUACCAUCGGCUCAAUUACAGUUGCAGAAUUGGACUGGGGGAACAAAGAACAUAUCAAGGCCGUUGAACCUCCAUUUGAUUACAUUAUUGGAACUGACGUUAUUUACUCAGAGCAUCUGUUGCAACCUCUAAUGGAGACAAUUACUGCAUUAUCUGGUCCCAAAACAAAAAUAUUGCUAGGAUACGAGAUCCGUUCGGCCACCGUCCAUGAGAAGAUGAUGGAAAUGUGGAAAAGCAAUUUCAUUGUGAAAACCGUCUCUAAAUCGAAGAUGGAUGUGAAAUAUCAACAUCCAAACAUACAUCUCUACAUGAUGGACCUGAAGGCACCAUUGAUCCCUGAGGUUGAGGCUACCGACGAUAAUGGGAACGACGACGAAGAGGUUGUUUCAAAUCUGGGGGAAGACGAAGACAAUGGACUGAAGAGCGAAUCUUGUUCCGGCUCGUCACCAGAAGCUAAGAGCGGCAGCCUGGAUGAUUGGGAAAUCAGAAGAUGUGGGGCUAUGGCUGCAAGGCUUCUAAAGGAUGUGAAACUUCAAGGAGGAGAACCCUAGAGCUGCCCCCCCCCCCCCCCCCCCCCCCCCCCCCCCCCCCCGCAGUAUGUUCAUGUGCUGGUAUUUUCCGAAACACUACUUUAGACAUAUCCAUUUAUAUUGGUCUUCAAGUAUCUGGCUAGUUUACAGCAUCUGGUCGCGCAAGCAGUACGGAACCUGGGAUGGAGUCUCCUGGCGUGCUACUAUUAUUUACAAGGAGAAACUCCUAUACAUGGUAGAUCUCUUUGCUGCUACUCAGAAACACCAUGCCCGGGCACAUCUACAUAUUUACAAGAGGCUGUGGCUUCCGAGCAUGGGUAUCUGCGCUCCUAAAUCUUCAACAUGCCUUCCAACACGCGAAGAACAUCAGCGCGGGUAACUAUACCUGUUGACAGUGUUUAGAACCCCAUUAGCCCUUGCAACAUAUAAUCUCUGUGUUGUCAAUGAUAAUUAAGGAUAAUACUAAUUAAGUGUAUGGCAUGCAGUUUUUUUUUUUAA